GAUGAAAUAAAAUCUUUCAUGAUGCAGUUAGAGGCAGAGACUAAGAGUGAAGUUAGAGAGAAGCUAGAGAAACCAGAGGUUAGAGUGCAGAGGGCUACCGCAGAAGAGCACAAAGAAGUAAAGUGCUACCGAUGCAACAAAUUGGGUCACAUGGCGAAGGACUGCCCACUAGCGGGAUCAGAGGCCUGGUUCUGUUAUUACUGCCAGGAGAUUAGAGGACACAAGGGUGAUAGCUGUCCUAAUGCCGGAGCCCAGACGAACAGAUUUAGAGGAAAAAGGUAUACAAAUAAAACCGUUAAUAAAAAUAUAAAGAAAAAGGGUAGAUUUGCGCAAAGAGGAACAAAAAGAGUAGAUAAUAAAGGGAAAGUAACCAAAAUACAACCAGCCAAGAAAACUAUACCAUCGCAAACAGCAAUUGAAGGAAAACCAAAAGAAGAUAAAGAAGAAAAUUAGACGAACACGGAUCGCUCGCACAAAGGGAGGG